AUGAUAUUGCCAGUGUUCAAGCUGGGCACACUUGCACUGAAAACGCUUUGCAAACCCAUUGGCAAACGCAUCAAAAAAGAGGCGGGCCUGAACCCCAAGUUCAGGCAAUCCAUAAUCAACAUUGCCCAGGCUAACCAUCGGUUCACAACAACGUUGCAAAGGCAGAUUUAUGGUCAUGCAACAAAUGUUGCAAUUCGUCCUCUAAAUGAAGAAAAAGCUGUUCAGGCUGCUGCAGACCUUUUAGGCGAACUCUUUGUGUUCUCGGUUGCAGGAACUGCUGUCAUUUUUGAGGUGCAAAGUCGUUCCAGAGCAGAAGCCAGAAAGGAGGAACUGCGUAGGAAAGAAUUAGAGGCUAUGAAGCAAAGAGAUGAAGAUCUAGCAAGAGAAGUUGAGCUUCUUAAGCACAGAAUUGCAACGCUCGAGCAGGUUGCCAAAGAUCAAGGCAUUGGUGGUAUUUUCAACUUCAAACGAGCACAUAAUACUGAAGAUAAAGCGAUAACCGCUUAA